UACAACAACGUUGGCAGCAUUGACAAAUCCGCUUCCAAAACUGUUUGGCGCCGGCAAAGACAUCGGUUGCAUGUGCUUUGUUAUUAUUUUAAAAAACUUUAAAACGUUUCUUAUGAUUGACAAUAAAUAUUAAUUUCAGAAAUUACAAUGUCUGACUUUUCUGAAAUUCUGCAAGAAGCAGAGAAACUUACCACUGAUUUAAGUGGAACUGCAGAUUUGCCUCAGGUUGAUAGGUCUUUACGACAGGUUUUAGAAGCAUCAAAUGAUCUCUACACUAGAGUUGCACAAACAGGUGCUAAAGAUAUUCAGGCGAACUUAUUACUUGGAUCCAAAGGAAUUGAUUUGCCUAAAAUUGUUCAAAAACUUGAAUCCAUUAGUACCAAAAGAACAUUUGAACCAAUAGAGCCAAUAGAAGAUUUGGAUAUUUCAGGAAAAUUGGAAAAUGAAAUCCGUAAUAGAAUAUUGUCUGCAUUUGAUACAGGAUUAAAUGAAAUGCUGUCUUGUGCAUUCAACCAUGCUUGGGAACAUCAGGCUGGUGAAUGGAAACAAGAAAAACGUAAAAUACUUUAUGCAAUGGGUGGCCGUUGUGGAGCAUUGGUAGAAACAGGAAAGCCUCUCAGUAUCAUGCAUGAGAAGUCAAUUGCUCGACCACCCAAUUUAGGACCAAUUGAAACUUUAUAUGCUUGCAAAAUCAUUGAUUAUAAUACUAAAGUGAACCAAGGUGUACAAAAACCCAACUUGGUGGAUGUCUUCUCAAAUCUUUCAAAUGAAUUUAAAGAUGCUAAAGUUAAAGACAUGUGGGAAAUAAUCAAAUAUGUCAUACAAACUCCAUCCUUUCCCAUGUCUGAAGACCCAAUUAAAACUAGAUUUUCAAAAACUUAUGUAACAGCAUUGGUGAAACAAGGGAAAAAAUAUCUUGAGGACAGAUACAAGACAUACAUGUCAAACAUUAUCAAUGAAAAUUUGUCCCAAGCUAUUAGAGGUGGUGUUCCAGGCACCUAUCCUUUGGUCAGAAGUUUUGUGGGAUUGAGGCUUCAAGGAGACUAUAUUGGACUCACAGAUGGAACUAUUGAUGAGCGUCCAUUGUGGCCUAUGGUUUACUAUUGCCUGCGCUCAGGAGAUUUGAACGCCGCUAUUUACUGUCUUAAACGAAACGGCUCCUCUGAAUUUGAUAAUUUGGUUGGAUUAUUGGAAGCAAAGUUGGCCAAUUCCAAUGCUGAUAUUUCAAAGUAUGAAGACAACUUGAGAUAUCAUUACAGAAGAUGUGUUCGAAAUGAAACUGAUCCAUUUAAGAGGAUUAUUUGGGCUGUACUUAGUUGUUGUGAUGUCACUGAUGAACAUUCUGAAGUUGCUAGAACUGCUGAUGACUAUUUAUGGUUAAAGCUGAGUCUGGUCAGAGAAGAUUAUGAUAAAGAUGACUAUAUAAAAUACACCGAUUUACAAUAUACAAUCCUUGAAGAAUAUGGAGAAUCUCACUAUGAUGCAUACAAUCAGCCCCAUUUGUAUUUCCAAGUGUUGGCUUUAACUGGUCAAUUUGAAGCAGCCAUUGAGUUUUUAUCUCGAAUCGAACGAUACCGAGUGCAUGCUGUCCAUAUGGCUAUUACCUUGAAUGAGUUGUAUAUGUUAGCUGGACCCCAAGACACAGGGGCACCAUUAAUUUCAGUUGAUCCGGCUGAUGAACGACCGGCACGACGCUUAAACUUAGCACGUUUGAUAAUGAUCUAUGUUCGAAACUUUGAACUAACCUGCCUGAAUGAAGCUUUGCAUUAUUUCUUUUUGUUGAGAAAUUUUACGAAUUCCGAUGGUGUAGAUAUUUUCAAGCUAUGUGUUAGUGAUUUGGCCAUUGAAACCAAACAGUAUGAAGCUAUUUUGGGAGUAGUGCAGAAAAAUGGUAUCCGAUCAAAGGGACUUUUAGAUAAAUUUACAACACCAUCCAUCAGCACAGAAAGUAUAGCAGAAAUUAUUGGCAAUAAUUUAAUAAAGAAAGGAUUAUAUGAAGAAGCAAUUAAUAUAUUUGACAUAGCAAAUAAACGUGAAGAGGUCCUUGGUUUGAUGUGUACUAUGCUGUCUCAAGUUGUACAGUUAAAACACGAGGAUGAUUCAUUAAGAACCCGUUUACAUAAAAAAGGAUCAAUUUUUGUUGACCGAUACUCCAGAGAAGGUUACAGUUCAGCAACAUCUAGACUUGUUUCUUCAUUCUUAAAAUUAAACGAGCUCGUAGUAUUUUUUAAUCAGUAUCAUAAUAAGCAAUAUCCACAAGCAUUAAAGACUCUAAGUGAGCUUCGUUUGGUACCAUUUCAUGAUAAUGAUAUUGAUGAAUAUGUUAAAAAUUUUAAAAAUUUCAAUGAUGAAUUGUGCAAAGUAAUGCCAGAUAUACUUCUCGCCACAAUGAAUAUGUUAUUUGCUCAAUAUCAAGGUUUAAAGGGAAAUGAGUUUAUACCAAGAUAUAAUGAGGCUGGUAUAGAAAAGCAACUAAUAAAUUUAAGAAACCAAGCAAAGACACUCACAAAUUUCACUGGAAUGUUGCCAUAUAGAAUGCCAGGGGACACUAAUAGUAGACUGGUUCAAAUGGAAAUAUUAAUGCACUAAGUUUUAUUUUAUUGUAUUUUUUUAAUAAAUAAAUGUUAAAAUUUUUUUGUUAAAUCAAACUUUGAUACACAUAUGUGGUCUGCGAGAUCGUCCAAAUUCUGUUCCUUCAUCUAUAAAUAAAAUGUUAUAUACUAUA